AUAUUGAGAGCUGCAGCUGCAGUGUCGUUGUUCAGUUCGAUUGUGUGCGACUGAUUUUUUUUUUGUUCGUCCUCACAGGCAAAGAUCGGUGUCCGUACAGCCUGGUCAAUCGCGAGUGUUUUUUUAAUAGGCCGUGUGCGGACUGAUUGUUUUGUUUUUUUUUUUUGGUGACACUGGACUGAAUUGCACAUUAGAGCAUGGGGUCGCUACCACGAGUGUCCGUGGUGCCUGGAGCGCGCGCGGCGGUGCCGGUCGCGCCGCUCACACACCACCUCAGCAGCAUGGGCAGCGUCGACGGCACCGCGCUCAUAUACUCAGAUGAAACUUGCAACGUGCGAGUGAGCUACGCUGAGCUGGAAGGGCGCACGAAUGCGAUGGCCAGAGCUAUCGCAGCGCACGCUCGACCCACCGGCCCCAACCGAGACCAGGACUAUGUGAUCGCUGUAUGCAUGCAGCCCACACACAACACAGUCGUGGCGCUCCUGUCGACAUGGAAGGCCGGCGCGGCCUACGUGCCGAUGGAGCCAAGCUUCCCACAAGGAAGGAUCACGCACAUAUUGAAGGACGCUGAACCUUCGCUCGUAAUUUACGACGACACUGCGAAGCCAUCCAUGUUCGCCGGCAGUGGAGUACCAGCGGUAUCCUUCGAGGAGCUAUCACUAGAAGCCAGCGCCCUGCCAGCGGACCGGCCCAACGAUGACGAGGUGCUGGUCACGAUGGACGCGGAGUCCAUCGCUAUUGUGUUGUACACUUCCGGCAGUACGGGGAUACCGAAAGGAGUACGUCUGCCAUAUUCUGCGAUUUGCAACCGCCUUUGGUGGCAGUUCCGGACUUUUCCGUACACGGAAACCGAAGUAACAUGUGUGUGGAAAACCGCUCUCACAUUCGUAGAUUCAGUGUGUGAGAUAUGGGGGCCAUUGCUGCAUGGAAGAUCUUUGUUGAUACUCUCGAGGGAGACGACAAGAGACCCGCAAAAAUUGGUGCGAGUUUUGGCUGACUAUCAGAUCAAACGCCUCGUCCUAGUACCAACACUCCUUCGUUCAAUUCUCAUGUACCUCUCUCUGACCCCUUCCGAGAGGCCUCUCCAGUACCUUAAGCUAUGGAUCUGUUCCGGAGAGACCUUGAGCAAGGACCUUGCGCUGCAGUUUUUCCAGUACUUCUCUGACCAGGAUGGAUAUAAAUUAGCUAAUUUUUACGGCAGCACUGAAGUUAUGGGAGAUGUAACGUACUAUGUCCUUGAAAGGAUUGGCCAGUUGGACAUGUUUCCUUCCAUUCCCAUAGGUGCACCUUUGGACAACUGUGCGGUAUACCUUCUAGAUGAAGAAAUGAAUCCUUCCCGAGAGUCAGAGCCAGGUGAAGUGUGGGUGGCUGGAAGGAACCUAGCGAGAGGCUACGUAGGAGGGCAGGCUCCAGAGAAGUUCUGCGACAACCCUCAUGCUGCACAUCCUGAUUUCAGCCGCCUAUAUCGGACGGGAGACUUCGGUAUACUUCAAAAGGGAAUGGUCCUUUUUGCUGGAAGAACAGAUUCUCAAGUCAAGAUUAGAGGUCAUAGGGUUGAUCUGCUAGAAGUUGAACGUGCUGUAAACGGUGUCCAGGGAAUCGAGAAAGGUGUCGUCCUUUGCUACGGCCUAACGUCUGGGAAUCCAGAAAUCCUGGCUUUCGUAACAGUAAAGCCGGAUGCCAGACUCGCAGGUCAUCACAUCGAGGCAGCGCUGAAGAAUACUCUCACACAUUACAUGAUACCACAGGUUAUCGUAAUAGACAAAAUCCCUCUACUAGUCAACGGUAAAGUGGACAGACAAGGACUGCUGAAAAUGUAUGAAAACACCAAUAAUAAUGAUGACGACGCAAUACCUCUAGACAUAGACUAUUCAGGAGUAAGUCCAAAAGAUACUGAAGUCGCGCGGGUCCUCUUCGAAACCGUUGGCGAAGUGUUGGGAAGAGCGGCACGGGGCGCUUUGUCUAUUAGAGCCGGGUUCUUCGAGUUGGGAGGCAACUCUCUUAACUCUAUUUAUACUAUCAGUAGGCUAAGGGAAAAGGGAUACUUUAUUGAAAUAAGCGAUUUUCUAGAAGCUUCAAACUUAGGUGAAGUUUUAGCACGUCUAACUACCAACCCAGAUAUAUUAAGAGACGAUGACGAUAUCAAAUAUACAGUACGACCAGUGCGACGGGAUCACAAGGAAUCUAUCAUUGAGAUGAUAGUAUCAUCGUUCUACGAAAAGGCGGAGUUAGAGCAGUACCUCAAAAACGAGAUCGCUGUGCGUGACUACGCGCAUUGCAUCGACGAGUGCUGGGAGCCAUUGCUGGCCGCUGAUCUUAGCGUCGUAUUAGAAGACUCUUCUGGGACCCCGGUAGCUGUGGCUUUAAACUUUGACGCCCGAGAUGAACCAGAGAUAGAACUAUCCGGCGGAUUGGCCAAGAUCAUGACCUUCCUGGAGUACGUCGAGGGCUCUGUGAGAGACACCAUGCUGCCUGAGGGGAAAGGAGCAAUUCUCCACUCGUUCAUGAUGGCAACGGAUGCGUCGAUGUCGGCGAGGGACAAUGUGUUAGCGAUCAAGGCUCUCGAGCUGGCCACGGAGAGGGUCGCGCGCGAGAGGAGCUUCCGUGGGGUCUUCACAACCAACACCAGCCCGCUGACUCAGCAAUUAGGCACGGACGUGCUCGGCUUCCAGACACUUCUCGACUACAAAAUAAACCAGUACGUCGACCCCAACGGAGACAGGCCUUUCGGAGAAGCGCCAGACGACGUGCGAGCGAUAGUUUGCUGGAAACCAGUCGAUUAAUAUACCCUAAGAUAAGUUUGAUUUUAUACAAUGUCAGUGAUGUAGUAAAAAUAAUGAUUGCCAGAAAUCAUUUAACUUAUUCUAAUCCAGGUUAUAAUUUAAGCCUGGUAUGCUACAAGUUAGAACCUAGAUUUUAGUAGGGUUUAUUGAUUUAUAUGUAUUCCAGUGUUUUAGCAUUUAGAAAAUAUAUUGCAUCGAUAGAUAAUGAGAGUUAUAUUGGUAAUUAAAAUAUACAAAAAUACCUGUUCUACGAGUAUACGAGGGUGUUAAAAACUGUUAAAUGUAGGCAGUGCUUUUUUGCUUAUAUGGAAUGCGCUCUAUUGAGUGAAUUCGCGCCAUAUUAAGGCGGAAUUAUAUUUGUCUGACGUGUCAUGUCGUGACGCAUUAGAACAGAAUCAGUUACAUACCAACAUUUUGUAUGCCAACGUUUAAACUUAUGUGUUGUGACAUGUCGUGAUAAGUUCUGAUGUGUUGCUUAAAAUGUACGCGAUACCAAUACUGUUCUGAUGAGUCACGACACGACACGUCAGACAAAUAUAAUUCCGCCUUUAUGUAUAUUGUGGCACCAAUAUGUAGUGACGUCACCAUGAAAUCCAUACUAAUGAUAUAAAUAUGAAAGUCAGUUUGAAAAACUAUCAUUUAUUUUGCAGUUUUAUAAAAUAAAAAUAAAAUGACAAAACAUAUUUACCUCUGUAUCUAACAGAAAAUGUAACACUGUAUGUAAUUCAAUUAAUAAAACAAACAUAUAAAUAUUACCCUAUAUAUAUAAAUGGCACUAUAAUAAUAUUAUCUAUAAUUGUACUUCUAUAUAUUAAUAUUUUAGAAUGUUAAAGUGGUGUUCCAGGGGUAAUCUCUGAAUCUACUGAACCGAUUUUGAAAAUUCUUUUUCCACUAGAAAGCCACGUUAUUUGUGAGUCUCAUAUAUUUUAUCCCCGCAUUUUGACAAGUACGGUAACCACGCGAGUGUAACCGCAGUGUAUCGGCUAGUCUCUGUACCACACAUUAUGAUAAAUAUGGCUAUCUCAGUGAAUUUAGUUUAGCGACACUGAAUAUGUAUUUAAAUUAAUAAAAUCUUACACUAAAAUGAAUAGAAUUAUCUAUUACAUACAGUAUGAAAAGAAUGGCUAUACCAGUGAAUGAUAUGGAAAUACAUGAAAAAGAGACACUAAAUAUAUUAAUUACACGAAGACAUUACUAGUACAAAAUAUAAUAAUUAUGAAACUAUGAAACAUUGGCUGUAUUACUAAAAUACAUCUAACUUUAAGUAGUUAUUUAGAUAAAGCGAAAACUUUAUAAAAAAAAAAUAAUGUGAUAUUUUUAUUUGUUAAGACUUUAGUUUGUAGUACAAAUUAGUAAGUUGUAACAAUUAUAAUAUAAUUGUAGUUUUUAAACAGUAAGGCUAUGUUUAGUGGCGUGCUGCAGGUGUUUAACAAGGGUAAGCACUAUAGGUACGUUCAAAUUAUACUAAAUGGAUGGAAAAUACUGUUAUUCAGGUGGGUAAUUGUGUAACUUAAUCGGUUCCAUUUAAUGAGUUAAUUAAUAACAUAUACAAAUAUAAUUAAACCUUUACAUUUUACCAUAACUGAUGUAUGAAUUUUAUUAAAUCUUAGCUGUUUAGAUACAUUUAUAAAAUGAAAAAUAAAUUAAUAUAAAUUACAUAAUAAAAAUUUUAAUAAAAAAAAUACAACCGACUUCAAAACCUAAAAACGUACCCACUAAACUAAAAAGUGAAAAAUAACAUCUUAAUAUGUUCUACCUGCUGAUCAGUAUGAAGGCGGUGUUAAGCCGGUGAUGUAUUAAUUCAAGCCAUUUCUGACAGGACCACAUAAAACAUCACUGUCUGCAAAAUCUAAAUCUAUAAGAUAUUCUCACAUUCUCACAAAAAAAAAAAAAUACCGACCGAAUUGAGAACCUCCUCCUUUUUGAAGUCGGUUAAAGUCUAUAAAAUAAUCUUGAAUGUCAUAGAUUAUAAUAACUUUUGUUGAUUAAUAUAAUUUGACAUACACAAUUUGACAUAAUAAAUGUGAAAUCCCUAGGAAAACUGUCAGAUUGACAACUCUAUUGGAAUGACCAAGCUGUCAAAUGGAUCGGAUCGAGUUACUCAAUUACCCCUGUGUGCCUAGUGGGAGUUUUCACUGUUUUCAUACUGUUAAUAUCGCGUUAACGUAAACGCGAAUUUAUAUGGAAUUGAAACAGUUGUGCAGUAGUGCCACUAGAUGGCGCUGUUCUAGUUCCAUAGAAAUUCACGUUUACGUUAACGCGAUCGUCACAGUAUUAAACUGCCACUAGGCCCACUGAUUUAUAAUGACUUUUGAGAGUAGGCAGCGCUUUUUAGUGCAUAUGAAGAGCACGCCAUUAAAUUCAUGUUACCAGUAUAACGAAAAGCUUCCUUAGCUUUCAAUCAUGAUAAUGGUUGAAACUAUGUACGUGGGUCAGUAUGAUUGAAAUUAUUUAAGUAUUAAAUAAAAAAUUAAACAUAAGUGACUCAUUCGCUCUUUAUUUACUUUUACUGCACUUGCAAAACUUUAAAGUAUUGUUUACACGUACCUCGUAACGUAGAUAGAGAAGUAAUAGACAACCACUAACGUGCCAUUGUUAGUAAAUUUACCCCAAGGCCCAAUAGGCUCGGGCCUACAUCGCCCAAAAGUUAGGGGCGGCCAUUUGUGACAAAAAUUGAAAAUAAGCAAUGAGAAAUAACCACGUGUCAUGACAAUAUCGAAUAGCCAGCGCCUGUAGCCAUGUGGCACGUCGAUACACUUUCUACAAUCGCAAACGUUCCAAAAAUUAAAAAAAAUAUGGGAGGGACAUUUGCUUUCGACAGGACAUUAUGAAGUUAUCGAUCAGAUCUGUAAUUCCCAUACAUUUUUUUUAGUUUUCGAAGGGUUAGUGUUUGUAGAAAGAGAAUCGACGUGCCACAGGUUCUGAUCUUGUUUUGUUUCAAAGUUCACGCAUAAGUUUUUAAGGGAAUCCAAAGUAUUCGUCUAUUUAUUUCUCUGUCUACGCCUCUUUAUAAUAUUGACAUUAAGUCUACUUUAAGACCUGUCAAAUUAGUUGUAGUACAAAGAUUUGUGCACAAUCGAUAUAAGUACACUAUUUAUUUGGCUUGCCGAAUUUAAUUUAGAACCUCUGCACAAAUAUUAUAUUUGUAUGUGCUUUUGCAAAAAGAUGUUAAUUAUAAUAUUUAACAUCUGUGUAACUUAUUUCAAUAAAUAUUUUUUAAAACCGA